UGGGCAGGAUUACGGUAUUACUUCAAACUUCUACAUGAUAUGAUGGUCAUGGACACUCGGAGAUCAGUGGCUCUUUGUCUUUGGUUGUCAUCUUGACAUUGUCUGUUCUUGAAUUCUUACCAAUACUUCAAUCCACAGAUGGCAAACGGGAUGAAAGAAGUGCAGAGCUGAUGGAUAAGGAUAACUCUUCUCAAGCAGAGGUUCAUCCAUUUUCCGCUCUGGACUAUGUCAUCUUCUCAUCGAUGCUGGUUGUCUCUACGGCAACCGGGUUGUACCAUGCAUUUUCCGGGGGUGGCCAAAAAACUACAGCAAAGUUCCUGAUGGCGGAUCGCAGCAUGUACAGCAUCCCUGUAGCGAUCAGUGUGCUGGCGUCCUACGUGUCAGCUAUCACCAUCCUUGGUAUCCCGGCUGAGAUCUUCAUCUAUGGUAUCCAGUACUGGAUAGUCAUCUUCAGCUUCUUCAUCACCAUCCCCAUCACUGCCUUGGUCUUCAUCCCAGUGUUCCAUGGUCUGGGAGUCACCAGUGCUUAUGAGUACCUUCAUAAAAGGUUCAGCAUGUCCGUCAGGAUAGCCGGUGCCUUCCUCUUCAUAAUCCAGACUCUGUUUUACAUGGCCAUAGUACUCUAUGCUCCAGCCCUCGCUAUCAAUGCAGUGACUAAGUUUCCUAUAUCAGCCACAGUACUUCUGACAGGAGCGAUAUGUUCCAUAUAUACUGCUUUGGGAGGAAUCAAAGCUGUUAUUUGGACCGAUGUGUUCCAGUUCACAGUCUUGUUUGGAUCCCUGUUGACUGUGGUCAUAUUGGGGGCCAUUCAAGCCGGUGGGUUAGGCUACGUGUGGCAGUACAACAAAGAGAAGGGCCAUCUCAACUUUUUUGAACCAUCGGCUGACCUGACACAGCGAGAGACCUUCUGGGGUCUGUUGAUUGGUGGUGCAUUCAAUAGCCUUCCACUCUGGGCAGUCAGUCAGACUGCUGUACAACGAUUCCUCACCUCAAAGACACUCAAAGACGCUAAAAGAUCUGUGUGGUAUGGACUACCUGGAAACAUCAUAAUGAUCUCAAUCGUGUCUCUGUGUGGACUAGUUCUCUUUGCAUAUUAUAAUGACGACAUGACGCAUCUUCAACCAGCUCUCAAUCACACUUAUCCAAAUGGUAGUGAUGGUCAUCCAGUUCAUUAUACACCAAAGUAUUCUACACCUGAUCAGAUAUUAAUCUACUUUGUGAGCAUUGAGUUUGGUCACAUCCCCGGCAUGCAGGGUCUUUUUGUAGCUUGCUUAUUUGCUGGCACUUUGAGUACUGUAGCAUCUGGUCUGAAUGCCUUGGCUGCCGUGACCCUGGUAGACAUUGUGAAACCAUGGAGACAUUGGAGGACGGGUCAAGCAGAGUCUGUUGGACUAGGGACAGCUGUUGUCGAUUCCGCACAAGAUUUUAAAGACACAGUGCUAUCAAAAGUACUCACCUUUGUGUAUGGAGCUGGCGCCAUAGGUCUCGCAUUUGUCGCCAGCAAGAUGGGUUCACUGGUUCAGAUGGCUAAUACUGUACUUGGAGCGUUGGGAGGGCCCAUCCUGGGUGUGUUCACAUUAGGACUUCUCUACAAGAGAUCUAACACUGGUGGUGCAUUGAUAGGUAUGUUGGUAGGAACAUACAUCAGUCUUUGGAUUACAAUAGGAGCUUUAACACAUCAAGGGGAAGAUAAUUAUGUACAGCAAGAUGCAUUCUGGUUAUAUCGGGUGUCUUUCUUAUGGUAUAGUAUGUUUGCAACGAUGAGUACCUUGAUCGUCGGUAUCAUUGUGAGUGAAGUCAUCCGGCUAGCCAUCGUGGAUGAGAGAUAUAAAAGAGUGGAUCCCUUGCUCCUAGCAACAUUUCUAAGACCGAAAGGAUGGCACAAGAGUAUUUCUGCCACAGAGAGCCAUGACCCUGGGGUGCGAAUUGGUGACACCGUCAUCACAAGACUCAACGAUGAUGGCAUCCUGGUCGACGAGGAGGAGGAGCCCCUCAUUGAGAGCAUGGAUGACCACAAUGUACACGAGAUGGAGAAUGUGGGUGACAACAUGUGACGAUUGACGUCCUGUUUUGCUUGUGUUUAAGCUGCCUUUUUGUCAAAGCCAGGUCAUAGCCCUCAUGUCAGUGAUGCUAUUUGUUAACAAAAAUGUGUUUGAGCCGAAAUAUGAGAGCGAUAUGCCUCAAAGUACCAUAUCCCUCUUAUAUCUGAUGCUUUUGCUAAAACAGAAACACCUUUAGGGAAUGAUAAACCAGACCUCUCUGAUGAAUUCCACCUUCACCAGUGUUAUUGGUCGAAUAGAACGCAAUUUCCAAGCCAGAUAAUUGUAAAUUUAAGCAAAUUCUUAUCUUGCAGUCUCAUGAUCUGAGCUACUACGAUUCGAGCUAUGGUAACGCAAAAACAUUCACUGAUAUUGUUUGAACAAGUGACGGUUUAAAAGCCACAAUAUAUGGCAAAGAUAAACCAGCAUAGUUUGAUAAUUUUCUCUUCACCAAUGUGACUUGCUAGAUGAAGAACUGUAUUAAAGCCAGGUGUUAUUACUAGGAAGCAAAGAAAACUGUUCUUCUCUAUUCCUAUCAACUGUAUGAAAAAGCUAGGAUAGGCUGGUUGUAAGCCCAAAAUACCUCAGUAACAGGUUAGCCAACAAAUGCUUAAUACAUUCUUUUUUUUAAUUGAAUAUUGAAAAAAAAUACAUUAACAUGUUUCAGGGUAUUUAAGAGUUUUGAAUGAUUUUAAUCAAAUAAAUAAAAUUGAAUUUAUCUGAAUUGUAUUCGGCUGAAUUGAUUGAGAAUCACUCCAGGCAUUUUUUUUCUUCUCAGGAUGUAACAUGCACAUAGAUUAUUCACUUCAUCAGAACAAUUUACACACAAAGAUACAACUUAUAAUGGCAAUUUUAUUUCAACUAAAAAUAUAUGUUAUGGUAAAAGAGCUGAAAUAUUGCUGUAUUGUGAAAGUGGGUGUCUAUAGUCUUUAGACAAGUGAUAUUGUGGUACACAGAUAACUUGUGAAGAAUAAUUGAAGAAAAUUUGGAAAUCUUCCUUUCUAUUCACAUGGACCAAAUAAACAAAUUUUUUAAAAUGAAUUUGCACUCCAUAUCUGAUCUUUGAUUA